AUGAGCGCUGAACCAAUCUGCGGGACCGAUGGAAGGACCUAUAAUUCGUACUGCGAAGUGAAGCGAGCUAUAUGUCAUGGUAAUCCGGUCAACAAACAGUUUGCUGGUCCUUGUCCUGGUUAG